GAUGUGGAUGUCGGUUUAGGACGCCUCGGAAUAUCAGCCAGUGGGUGUGGUAUCCCCUGGCGUUUGGGUUUGCGGGAGGAAUUGGUUGCGGAUUCCGCUUGCAAGCAUGGGUAUAGGGGGGAUGAAGAUAAAACUCUUUUCAUGAGAAGAGGAUGAAGAAGUUUGCCGAUCCAAGAAAGGGUAGAGAAGAGCAGCUGCUCGGAUUCAGUCAGCUUGAAUGAAGUCUGGGUCCUAGGGACGACAUUCCACUGCCAGCCUAGUCAUGUUCUGGUCUAGCAGUUAGGGGUUACGAGGCGACCAUUUGUUCCGCCGAGUAAUUUUGGUUGCUGAUGGUAGUUGGGUGCAUUGGGGAUUUGAGUGUUGGGAUUUUACGAGGAAGAAUUUGAUGGCGGCUUCCAGAUGUGUGGGUUUUGCAUUGCCCCUGCAGACUGGAGGAGCUGGAUGGCGCAGGAAUAUUGAGCUGCAGGCCGGGAGGAGAUCAGGAUGGGCGGGGGAUAACUUGUUUUUGCAAUUAGGGUUAAGACGCCAUGGUUGCGUGUGUCUGGCAGCUGCGAAUUACGACUCUGGGUACAAGCGGAGUUCUCCCAAGAGGUCAGAGUCGAAGAAAACGGAUAAGUAUGGCUCGGUUGCUGAAGUUUCUGACUCUGGGAGACAAACUAGAAAGCCCUCUCGAGGGCAGAAAAAUGAGAAAAAAAUUGCAAUUAAUGUUGAUGAAAUCAAUACACCGCCAAUGCCGUUGUUGAAGCCUUUAGCUGGAUUUGUUCUGGAUGAUACGGGGAAAGUUGUUGUGAUGGCUCCUCCCCAAAAUCGAACUGUCACAAUUGUUGACCCAGUAACUAAAAGACCACUAGAAUGCAUCAUUAGAAGAGCUUUCUCGAGUUCCACUGGGGAGCAAUGUUUUCUUCUGUUACCGCUUGAUAUGCCCUUGCAAAUUUUGAAAAUAGAAGAGGAACGUGAAGGUUUGAUAGAGUUGAGUGAUGCGGAGCUGAACGAGGUGCUACCUAGUGCAGCGUAUGCACUUGCCAAAAGCCGACUUCAUCUCAUUGUUAGUGGGUUCUGUCUGACAGCUCGGGGAGGUUUCUGCUAUACUGAAAAGGAUGUUAUAGAUUUGAAUACUGAGUACGGCGAGGGUUUGGGCGGUUCACUGGCUGAGGGGGUAGAGGUUGCCACUUUUCAAAUGGAUAACAAUCAAUAUCUAAUGUAUACACCAUUCGAUCCCCUUAUGUUCGUUGCUCACAAGGACUCUGUAACGGGGGAGUUAAAGAUUGCUGAUGAUGACCUACUGGAUGACGAAGCAGUGCUGGACGCCAUUGAUGAAGAAAAUGAGUUCCAAGCCCUUGUGGAUGAAGAAGAAGCAGUCAAUGAGGCCUUGAAGACAGCUAAGUAAUUGUGCGCCAUCAAGUUCAGUUGUUAAGUGUUGGAAGGGGACAUGUAUUACUUCCAAGCAAUCGCUUGUCAGAUGUUAACGAAUAACUCCGCAGGCAGGCUACAAAUUAAGGAACUAGUUCGCACGCUUUACCCAUUUAUGAGCUGUUAAUUCGUUCUGAUCUUGUUCUCAAGGGUGAAGUGCUUAGAUGAGUCGAGUACAUGCUGAGUUUUCUCUUUCAUAGAACUUUGACAAAAGCUGUUGCCAUCUUCCCAACGGCCUUCUGUCGCUUUGUUAGGAAUUAGUCUGUGCAGACGAGUCUACAUUAAUGCAGCGAUUUUGCACUGUUUCCUGAUGUAAAGUAUGUUUUAGAGAUGAAGUAUUUGGCAUGUCCCAGCAGCUCGUAAGUUUGUGCUGCUGAAGCAAAGAAUACUUAUCGACUUUCGGUCCUUUCAAUUUCAUUUAGCAUAGCCUUAGCAUUUGUGUAAGUUGGAGAUUCCCUAAUUCAUUCUAGUAUUAAGCAUUUAUAUGUCCAGACUUCGAAA